GGGGUUCGUCCGGGGGUAGCCGCCUCCUCCGCAGCCUGCCGGCGCCUCGAAACCGGGACCUGCCUCCGCCUUCUCCUCCAGCGGCUCCAUCCCGCCCCCCGCGCCUCGUCCUCCCGCCGCCCCCGCCGCCGCGCCCCCGGUGGCUGCCUCGGCGGACCGGGGAGGGGGCCCGCCGCGUCCGCCGCCCGUUCGGCUCGGCCCGGCCGGGGAGGCGUGCAUGCCGCUGCUGCCCGCGGCGCUCACCAGCAGCAUGCUCUAUUUCCAGAUGGUGAUCAUGGCAGGGACGGUGAUGCUGGCGUACUACUUCGAGUACACGGACACGUUCACCGUGAACGUGCAGGGCUUCUUCUGCCACGACAGCGCCUACCGCAAGCCCUACCCGGGCCCGGAGGACAGCAGCGCCGUGCCCCCGGUGCUCCUCUACUCGCUGGCCGCCGGGGUCCCCGUGCUCGUGAUAAUAGUUGGAGAAACUGCUGUGUUUUGCCUACAACUAGCCACAAGGGAUUUUGAAAACCAGGAGAAAACUAUUUUAACUGGAGACUGUUGCUAUAUAAACCCACUGGUGCGGCGAACUGUACGAUUUCUUGGGAUUUAUACGUUUGGACUGUUUGCUACAGAUAUCUUUGUAAACGCUGGACAAGUAGUCACAGGGAACCUGGCUCCCCAUUUUCUUGCCCUGUGUAAGCCCAACUAUACAGCGCUUGGAUGUCAGCAGUACACACAGUUCAUCAGCGGGGAAGAGGCCUGCACGGGCAACCCAGAUCUCAUCAUGAGGGCAAGGAAAACAUUUCCAUCCAAAGAAGCGGCUCUCAGUGUCUAUGCAGCUAUGUAUCUGACAAUGUACAUUACCAACACAAUCAAAGCCAAAGGAACAAGACUUGCUAAGCCCGUUCUAUGCUUGGGCUUAAUGUGUUUGGCCUUUCUUACUGGACUCAACAGAGUAGCAGAAUAUCGAAAUCAUUGGUCAGACGUGAUAGCAGGGUUUCUGGUUGGAAUAUCUAUAGCAGUAUUUCUGGUCGUGUGUGUGGUAAAUAAUUUCAAAGGAAGACAACCAGAAAAUGAGCAUAUACACAUGGAUAAUCUGGCACAGAUGCCAAUGAUCAGCAUUCCUCGAGUAGAAAGUCCUUUGGAAAAGGUAACAUCUAUACAGAACCACAUCACCGCCUUCGCAGAAGUCACAUGAUAUUGAAGCAGAUGGGUUUUCACUGCAUUGGACAUCGUCCCUUUUCACCAUCCAUUCAUAACACCCAAAGUUUGUUUGAUUACAGAAGAAGUUUAUAAAGUUGUCUAAUAAUUUUUAUAAUUUUAAAAUCAGUGUCAACUUAUCUGUUUCCCCCACUAGACUGUGAGCUCCUCAAGGGCAGGACUGUGUCUUUCUUCUCCGUAUCCCCAGCACCUACAACAAAGCCUCGCACAAAGUAGGUGUUCAAUAGAAAUGCAAUGACCGAAGGAACAAAUUAAUUCUUAAAUAAAACACUCACUUUAAUUUCUCACAGAAUCAAUGAGACUAUGUGAAAAGAAACCUCUACAUGAGUCAUAUUUGUAUAAGAAAUCCCUCUAUUUCGGGCCAGUUAAGCUUUUUAAUUUUUCAUAUAUCUAUUCAGCAGUAUAUCAUAUUUCAUUUGAAGUGGACUUUGAAAGUCAUGGGGGUUUUUAUUUUAUUAUUCAGCAUGACAUUAUUUCCAUUCUAACAGAUUUCAGUGUGUGAAAUUACUUUACUUUUAGAAAGUAUGUUCUAUACUAAAAUAAUGUUUGCACAUAAUAUUAUGCUAUAUUUCACUUAAAAUACCAUUCAUACUAUACAUUCUAAGACUGGUGCUUCUGCUUUUGAAGGGGAAAAUGCCAAUUUUUACUGUAAUAAGUAAUGUAUCAUAAUUAAAAAUUAUUUAUUUGGACUUUUGUUCCUGAAAAUUGUGAUUUAAUUGUUGACUUGUAGUUUUUGAAUGCAGGCUAUGUUUAGGAUAGUUUAAAUGACUAAAUCCAGCAGUGAUACCUAUUUAUUGAGCAAUGUUCCAUUGAUAACAGUGUCUUAAGAGUGAUCAAAGGCUCCAUUCUUAGGUUUUUUACUAGUCAAGAAUCCACAUA